UGUAAAUAAUAAAAGUAAUAUGAUUUUUAUUUUUUUUUUCUCCUUCGGACGAGGUUCCGAUCAUUAACUUUUGAAAUUCGUAACCAUAUAUAGCAACAGUAACUUGUACAAUCCAACAAUGGAUGAACUAAACAACUACAUGUUUCCCUAAUGGUGGUAUUUUAUACAUACCUUCUUGUAUCUAUGGAUUUCAUUAAGUAUAAACAUUCAAAUAAAAUUACUCUAUAAAUAAAUAAAAAAAAACAAUGUAUUUUGAUUUAUGAAACAACAAGUUCUAUAAUCUACUGUGUAAUUGACACCUUCUUAUUUUAUGAACAACAGAAUCUAAAAUUGAAUUGAACAUGAUUCCGAGAACUAUUUGUAAAGCAUUAAUGUAAGUUAGAUUUGUAACAAAUUUACAACUAUUGUAAUACUUAACUAUUUCACUUUUUUUUUUAAACAGAAUUUUAUUUGGCGUUAUGUAUCCUGCAUAUUCAUCAUAUAAGACAGUUAAAAACAAAAACGUAAAAAAUUAUGUAAGCAUGUUUAAUAUAUGUAAUUAUUUAACAUUAAUAACUUAAAAUAAUAAUUAAUAACACAUUUAGUUUAAAAUCAAAUAUUAUUUUUAAUAAUUAAUAAUUAUUUGACCCAUUUUUUUCUUGGGUUUAUUGGGCCCUUAGAACCAUCCUGUCUUACAACAUAACUACAAUCCUCUGUCAAAUACUAGAUUCUUCCAAUUAGAACCACAAACUAAAUGUUUAACAUCAUUUUCGUUACAAAUUAUUUGACCCUAAAUAUUAAAAAAAACUAUUGAGAAUUAUUUAAUGUAUACAGGUUAAAUGGAUGAUGUAUUGGAUUGUUUUUUCAGCAUUCAUUUGCAUUGAAUGUUUAACUGAUGUAUUUCUGGAAUUUUGGUAACUUUUCUCAUAACUAUAGAUUAAAUCAAAACUGGAACAAAUGUAUUUAUUGUAUUAUAUUAUAAUUUACAGGUUUCCAUUUUAUUACGAUAUCAAAUUACUUAUUGUCUUAUGGAUUUGUUGUCCAUUUACCAAAGGUUCCACAAUUAUUUAUAAACAGCUAGUACAUCCAACUUUAUUGAAAAAAGAAACGGUAACAUUUUUUUACACGAUUAGGUGCAGAAGGUGCAGAGAAAAGUCCAAAAAAGUUACUUUUUUUCAAUCUAAGAAAAACGUUUUUAAUUUCAAUUUUUUUUUUUUUUUCACAAAGUAAAUAGUUCGGAGUAAGUUAAAUGUUAAAUUUUGAAAUGUAGUAAACAGAAUUAAUAUUAUAAAUAUCAAAAUAAUAUUUGAACCAUUUAAUAACAAUUAAUAAAAUAUAACAGAAAAAUCGUCUAUACUUUUUUAAAGUGAUUUUUCUGAUUUUUCUUUGAAUCUUUAUAGAAUAAUUAAUCAACCAUUAGCUGAAUUUAUUAAUGAUUGUAAUAUUAAAUUUUUUUUCUAGGAUAUUGAUGAUUUCUUAAUCAAUGUUAAAUCACGUACAUAUAAUGCUCUAGUUUCGACAACAAAACAAACAUUUUUUAUGGCUACAGCUAUUAUCAUGGAGAAUACUUCGGUAAAUAUAGAAAAAUAUUAUUAUGAUUUUCUUAAUUGUUUGGGUUAUUUAUGAAGGAAGAACUGACUUUUAUUAAUUUGAUAUAGUAUAAUAAUGAUGAAAAAAUCAAUAAUAAUAUUAUUUAUUCUAUAAUGUGGGUCAGUAGCAGCCAUGUUUUAUAUGCUGUGUUAUUUUGCUGACAUAUCUUUAUAUUUAGCCAUGGCAUAUUCUACUCAUUGAAAUGAUACAACAGUAUCUCAGUAUAACAGUUUAUUUUAAAUUUAUUUCAAAUUACAAUUAGGAAUAAGCAUUAGCAAAUAUUUUACAAAUCUCGUGUAUUUGGAAAUCAAAAUAAUUUUGACUUCUCAGCAUUUAUGACUCAAUUUAAGACCAUUUUAGUUAUUUGACAAUUUAUUGAACAUCAUAUUGCAGUUGUUUUAUUCAAGCAUUUAGUAAAAUUAUAAAAAGAAAUGUGGUGUCACAAAUCUAUAUCUCAGAACCAGACCGUAAGUCCAUUAUUUUUUAACAAAAAAAACUUAAAAGAGGCGUAUGUUUCUUGCCAUAUAUAUCAUGACUUAUUUAUAACAUGGUAAAAUUAUGGAUGGAGUAUUAUUGAGACUUCUGUUAUGGUUUGAUGAAAAUCAUAUAUUACUUGCAAAAAAUGUAAUAAUCCUAAAAUCGUUAGUUUUGGACUUAUAUUCAUCUAGUUCUGAGGUAUAAACAUAUGAAUCAAUCACAAUUUAGAAUCGAAGAAUCUUCUUCUCUGGGAAUUUGUCUAUUGGAGUUUAACUUUUAAAGGUUACUAAUUUAAAACCUGAUUUUAUCACUAAUAAGAACACCUUUGUGAUAAUAUUUUGUUUAUAUAAUUAUUAAAACAUUAAAAAAUAUGUGUUAUAUUCCUAUAUAUUUUUAUUGAUAACUAGUUUUAUUUGUUUUUAAUAGAUUGGACAUUUAUCUAUGAUGCCAAUUUUAAAACAAAUUGCCAAUUUCGAAAAUGAAAAAAGUUCACAAGAAGCAUUAGUUCCUGUUAUAAAAAAAAUCAAGCAGAAAAGUCAAACAGUUUUAAUAUCAGAAGAUAACAUAUCAAAUUCAUAUUUUGAAAACGGCAGAAAAUUUAACAAAAACCCUACAACAUUAAUGAAUGUUAUUGAAAGUACAAACAUUCAAAGACCGAAACGCACCAAAGUUGUUCAACCAAAAUCGAAUGUUAAUCAUUAAUAAAAUCUUGGCACUUGUUUGUUUAUUUAAAUAAUUUUAUAGUUAUUAAAAAUUGCAUGUUUUAUUUGCCACGGUUUCUAAAUAGGUAUAGUUAAUAAAUCCACUAUUUCAAUAGUUUAUGUUUAUAAAUAUAAACUGUACUAAUUUACUUUUAAGUUGUUAAUUUUGCAUAACAAAUUAUUUAAUUAAUAAAAUAUGAACAUAAUAAAAUGUAACAAAUUAAAAUGUUUCCUUUAAAAAUGGUGCUACAGUUUAAUGUUUAAUAAUACCUAGUCUAUAAUUUGGGACUUUAAUUUAUUUUAUAUGAAAUAAAUAUUAAAUUAUAGACUAUUUAAGAAUUAUUAUGUAAAAAUUAUUUUUAGUUUUGAAACUUGUUUCUAUAUUUUUUUUUUUCUAGUCACUUACUCACAAGUCACAUACACAUAGUAUUAUAAAUAUCAGAUCUUUGUAACUUAUUAUAAGACUAAUUAAGUUAUUCAAAUUAUUUUUAAAUUCUUGAAAAAUUUAGUAACAAAUUUGUUAAUCAAUGAUGUAUAUUUUAUUAAUAAAUUCAUAAUUGUAUGACAAUAAGGAGUAUUUUGAGUUGUGAAAUAUCUAUAUUUGUUUGAAAUUUAUAAUGGUUGUCUAAUUAAGAACAGAACUAUUUUAUGUUACCAUUAUAAAAUAUUAUACUUUACUUUUGUAUCAUCUUACUUUGAAUUUAUUAACACAAAUUGUUUUUUGUAGUAGUAGGCAGUAAAAGUAUAGACGAGCAACUGGUUAUAGGUAGAUAAUAAAAAAUAAUACACAAAAUAACUACAUUAUAUAUUGGAAAAUCAUAUGUGUAUGUUAAAUGUAAGAACAACCAUUUAAUGGAAUAAUCAUUAGGAUGAACUUGUAAAACUAUAAAUAAGAGAACCUACAUAAAACAGAAUAAUAAAAAAAAAAAUAAAUAGAACAUCUUUAUAAUGAAUUUGUAUUUCGAGAAUAGCACCAAAGAAAUUG